AUGUUGUUCUUACGCUCUCGGCUUUUUCUCAGAGUCCAACCGUCCCGCUCGUUCCAUCCUUCAUUGGCAAGAUGGAACCAGUCGCGGACACAUUCUUGCCCCGUCUGUUCCGCCCCUUUGCCCUCGCCACUCCCCGCCUGUACAAAAUGCUGGAAUCUCUUUGCUCUGCCUCAGGACCUCACCCAUCAUGGUCUCUUUGGUCUAUCAUAUGAUCCCAACCCCUUCGUUAUCGACCUUCCCCAACUAAAGCGCAAAUUCAUUCAAGCUCAAGCCGUCUGUCAUCCCGACGCAUGGGCUUCCAAGAAUCCCGAGAAGCUGCAGGUUGCGCAGGCCUUGUCUGCGCGUGUUAAUAACGCGUACCAAACUCUACUACAUCCACUUGCUCGUGCAGAAUAUAUUCUGGAGCGGAACCAACUUCCGGUGUCAGAAAAUGAUAAAGUAGAUGAUAUCGCUUUCAUGACCGACAUUAUGGAGGCCCGAGAAGUAAUUGAGGACUCCAGGAGUCUUGACGAGAUCGAGGACAUCAUUGACAAAAACAACCAAAGUAUAUCAGAAACUAUCAAAGAGCUCGAGGCAUUCGUGCUUGGAAAAGACUGGGAUGCGGUCAAGGCCAGCGCGGUAAGACUGAGAUACUUGGAAGGGAUUCAGAGGGCUGCAAAAAGAUGGCUGGAUAAUAAUUCGUGA